AAACUAAAGGAAAAUGCUCCUAUCCUCGCCAUAAAUGUUCUCGACCGCGCUCAUUCUAGGGCCCCUAUAGUAAAACAACUCGGUAAUGAAUUUCAAGAAGCUCAUUUUUACGAUCAAGUUCUUGAACAGAAGCUGCACUCUCUUCAAGACGAGCUAACACAUACGCGGGAGGAAAUGUCUCGAUUACUUGCUGAAAUAUCCUCUCAAUGUUAUGAAACACAUCUUCAGAGUUUUGACAAUAGGCUACGGGUAAUGGAAGACAAAGGAUGUGAACCGUAUCCGUUUGAAUUGGAUGCGAGUGAUGUAGAGACAAGUGUAGAUAUUGUUGAAGCGAGAAUUCAGUACUUGGGACUAUCAAAGCGUGAAAGACAAGAAUAUAGAGAAUUUGAGGCUGUCAUUGAAGAGAGAGAUAAAUAUAAGAAGGAAGCAGAAGAUAUUUGGCAGAUAGUGAAAGGGUUGAAAGAAAAGUUGAUGGAUAAGAUUGAGCAGGUUGAAUAUUUGCAAGGGCGGCAGCUAUAUUAUGCUAAUCAAGAGGCCCAGGGAUGA